GUUCUUAGGCGCUGAGUCAAGGACGCUCCACCACCAUAGCAGAGACGAGUUCAUCACCUUGUUGCCAAGCCGCUGAGGAAAGCUUCAAAGUGUCCAUGAAUGUCCACUGUCUCUGAUAAGACUAAGGAGCUCUUUGAGAAAUUGGAACGUGCUAAGCAAAGGGCAGAACUCACUUUUUCAGACCGCCCUCUUCUAGAAAGGAGGGAUUCUCAGGACUCUAACUAUUCAGGUUAUAACUCCUCAACUAGAUCAACCGAGGAGAUCAACAAACCUGACCAUUCUGAAGAAGGAGAAGAACAAGUCUUUGAAGAGGAGGAAGAGGAGGUCACUGAAGAGGACGUUGCGAAUACAGAAGAGGAAGAAGAGGAAGAGCACGCCCGUGUUGAGCAAGUACAAGCACCAAUGGCUGAGACUAUUAGGCAACUGUCUAAUCCUACAGGUGGGGGUGCUGCGCCCUUAUGCAUUGCCUAUCCAGAACCAGGAGAGGGGCUUAAUGAUGAUUUUGAGUUAAAGAGUGGGUUUCUGCAUCACCUACCCAAGUUUCAUGGGAUGAGUAGUGAAGACACCAAUAAGCAUCUCAAGGAGUUCGAGUUUGUCUGUGGGAGUAUGUGCCCUAAAGGAGCUGAUAUCAAUAUCUUGAAGAUGAAGGCAUUCCCCUUUACUUUGGAGGACAAGGCCAAGACUUGGCUAUUUGAGCUGCCUGCUGGGACUAUCAACACUUGGGAUAGGAUGAAGGGCGAGUUCCUUACGAAGUACUUUCCUGCCUCAAAGGUCACUGUUUUGAGGAAGCAGAUUAGUGGAAUCACGCAAGGACAUGAGGAGAAUUUCUGCAAUUAUUGGGACAGGUUUAAGAGCCUUGUAGCAUCAUGCCCUAACCAUGGGAUGAGUGAGGGGUCCCUCCUUACCUAUUUUUAUGAAGGACUCACCGCUAAUGAGCGUGGUCUGUUAGAUGCUGCUGCUGGAGGGUCCUUUAUGGAUAAGACACCUGCUGAUGCAAGGGAGCUACUUACUAAUCGUGCACUAAACUAUCAGCAAUAUGAGGGGGUGCUUUCCACUCAACGGAGGGUACAUGAGGUGUCCACUAACUCUGCUCUUGAAGACAAGGUCAACAAGAUGUCUACUCUGCUGUCUCAAGUCUUAAACGGUAAUGGAGGAGGAGCAAUGGCUCAAGUGUGUGGGAUGUGCUCGACUCAAGGGCACCCCACUGAUAAAUGUACCUAG